AUGCUUACUACUAUCAUCAUCACCAUCAACUUCUUCAUCAUCACCAUCAUCAUCAUCACUCUCAUAAUCAUCAGUAUCAUCACCAUCACCAUUAUCACCAUCACCAUCACCAACAUCAUUCUCAUAAUGAUCAUUAGUAUCUCCUGGGCACUGCUUCCCAAGGAAGCCUCCUUGGACUUCCAAGUCUGCGGCUCGGGGGCUGCUCCCCUGGGCUCCACUAUCACACCUGCCACAGUGCUUUGUGCAAGUGGUGGGGAGAGGUUGUCCACUGCACCGUCUGCACGAGUCCAGGUCAAUGGCAGAAGCAGGCAGGGAGAUUCCCAGCGGAGGAGCCCCACGGGUCGCCAGUGCGACUCUUGUGACCGGCGAGGCAGUUUUGCCGGCACCUCAGAGCGUCGGUUCUUGGUGCAGAGUCAGAAAAGCACCAACAAUCUUAACGCCUCUGAUUUAGUCGGCGCAUGUGCACCCACCCGGCUGGGGUUUGUCUGGGUGCCUGUGUCUCCUCGGAUACACAUGACUUACAUGUCCCCACAGGGUGCUGUCUAUACACCCGUGUGCCUGGACCCCUGGAUUGGCCUGCAGCUGCGAGCGGAGUGGCAGGCACGCAGGCAGGCCGUUGAGAAAGAGGAAGCCGGGUCAUGGGGACGGCAGGAGCUGGUAGCCAGGCUGGGUGCGUGCAGGUCGCAGAACCGAGCUCCAUCUGGCUCUGAGCCCAAGUCAUGUAUCCAGACCUUUGACUCUGGAGCUGUGGCUUCCGCCACCAAGAGCAGCAGUGGAUCCUGGAAACCUGAGAACCCAGACUUCUUCUCUGCCAUGGGGGAUGAUCAGGAGGAUGAUUUUCCGAAGCGGCUCAGUGAGAGUGCAGAGGACCUCAGCCUGGAUCUGGGGACCCUUCAGGGCAGCGAGUAUCUGCAGGACCUGGGCAUUGGGGCCCCUUCCCACAGCCAGCCUGGGGAGGCCCCGGACAGCCGCCCCCCAGGUGAAGAAGCAGAAAGGGAUUCUGUCUUUUCCAGCUUAAAAGAGUCCCAGGACCAGUCAAGGCGGCGCAGCUGGGAGAGGUCACGGAGCUGCUCAGAGAGCUGGCGGAGGCUCAGCCUUGAUGCCUCCGCUGUGGAUGAGGAACCCUGCCUCCCUCGAACACUGGCCAGCCUCACUUUGAACCUGCCGGGAGGAGGACUGAAGACUUGGACCCAAGGAUGUCUGUCUGGGGGUGGGACCCCUGCAGAAAGCCCAGGCAAGGAAUGUGAUAGCCCCAAGAAAACAGUGAGGUCAAGGUCUGUUCCUGGGUCCUUCUAUGAGAUCCGCUCCCUGGAACUCUCUCCGGGUUUGGAAGUGGUCACUCCACCUGUUCAAGGCCUAGAACCUCCAGUGCUGGAGUGCAUGGAAAAAGACCACGUGGAGCCAGAUCAUGUGCUGAUUGUCCAGCAGGUGCUUCAAGAACUUCGACAGUACCAUGGGGCCCGGCAGAGGGCUUGCAUGUCAACCAGCCCCGGCGGACCCCACUCGAGCCUGACCUGGUUUGAGUUCCUGUCGGAGAGCGAGGACAGUGCGGGCAAGAAUAAGAGUGACAAGAGUACCAGCGUGAAGCGAAGGCUGAGCUGCCUCCGCAGUCGGGUGACCAGGCAGAAGGAGAAGGCGAAGAGCCCAGCACAUCUAAAGGAGAAGGGCCAGGAUGCCCGAGAGAGGCGAGAGUGUGUCAAUGGGCACCAGCUGGUACAAGGGACCUUCUCCAGCCCCUCCAGCUGCCCCCUGUGUGGCAAACCCUUCCUGAGCUCAGGAGAUUCCCAGCGGAGGAGCCCCACGGGUCGCCAGCGCGACUCUUGUGACCGGCGAGGCGGUUUUGCCGGCGCCUCAGAGCGUCGGUUCUCGGUGCAGAGUCAGAAAAGCACCACCAAUCUUAACGCCGCUGAUUUAGUCGCUCCACUGUCCUCCCUCAAGGUCCCCCUGACCCCACUGUCCUUGCUCAGCGUCCUCCCAACCCCGCUGUCCUUCCUCGGGGUUUUCCGAACCCCGCUGUUCUCCCUUGGGGUCCCCCCAACCCCGCUGUCCUCCCUUAGAGUCCCCCUAACUGGACUAACCCCCAACCCUACUGAUAGACAGGCUCGCAUGGAUCUCCCUCAAAAAGCGCCCCCAACCCCGCUGACCCGCCCCUCAAAGGACGCCCGCACCCCUGCCGCUAGCACCGUCCCGCUGCGGUGCCCGCGCCCCCUUCCAGGCGGAGCCGACGCCCACUCCUAG